UCCCUCGGACACAGCGGAUCACCGAUCCAUGGAAAGAGCCAAAGAUGUCGGCUCAGUCAUGUGAUCAGCUGUGUCCAAUCACAGCUGAUCACUGCUCAUCAGGGCACUGAUGGUCAGUGUGCCCUGAUGAUCAGUGUAGCCCCAGCAGUGCCACCUGUCAGUGUCCAUGAGUGCCAGCUGUCAGUGCUCAUCAGUGCCACGUGCCAGUGCCCAUCAGUGCCACAUCAAUACCACAUAUCAGUGCCUACCAGUGCACAUCAAUGCCACAUAUCAGUGCCCAUCUGAGCUGCCUUUCAGUGUCACCCAUCAGUGCCAAUCAGUGCCACCUAUCAAUGCCAAUUAGUGCCACCUAUCAGUGCUGCCAAUCA